AUGGUUUCCAAGAAGAACAUGCCUCCAGCAUCUGACUCCAGCGAGCCUCUGCCGGCCCUGUCCCCUAGCGAUUUCCGAACUUAUAACCGAAUGUCAGAACAAAUGGAAGCAUUUCAUAGCCAUUUCCGUUUAACAUGGAACCAACUGUGGGAGGCUUGUAACAGUACUGGAAAGCGACCCGGUGGUCUGUCGGCUCGUCAAAUGAUCAUGAUGGGGCUGCAGUUCUGCUCGCAGUUGGAUUUCCACCACUCUAUCGAAGAACAACAUAUUUUUCCCGUGCUGGCAAAGAAGAUGCCCGAAUUCCGGAAAGAGCUUGAACUGUUGAGCCAGCACAAGCAGAUUCAUGCUGGACUUGAGAAGCUUGAGAAGUACCUUGGAGAUUGUCGUUCUGGCGAGGAAGACAUGCGCCGUGAAGAGGUGAAACGUUUGAUGGAAGGAUUUGGAGAGGUCCUGUGGACGCAUUUGGAUCAGGAGGUGCAGACUCUACGCGCAGAGAACAUGCGCAAAUUCUGGUCGCUUGAGGAGAUGCGUCGCCUGCCUAUGUGA